UUUUUCCUAGAGAAAAGCACUUAGAAUAUCUCUUUCUAAUUACUCUAUAUAAGCCUAUCAUGUACUAUAAUUUUCUUGCAUCUUUCCCUUUUCUCCCUCUUAAAAUAAUCUCAUUUGGGUACUCUCAAAGUGUUCAACAAUGGCUAGUGUUACAAGCUGUAUGUUGAGAAGAUCAAGAACAAGUUGUGAUAUGUUUAAGAGAACAAUCAGAUGCUUUUCCAACACUUCUACACAAACUGUUGCUGAUUCUGCUUCUUCUGCCUUUCCUCAUACUAUUAAAACUCAUGUUUCCCAACUUAUUGGAAAGACUCCCCUAGUUUUUCUAAACAAAAUUUCUGAUGGAUGUGAAGCAUACAUAGCCGUUAAACAAGAGAUGAUGCAGCCUACUGCUAGUGUGAAAGACAGGCCUGCAUUGGCUAUGCUAGAAGAUGCAGAGAAAAAGGGGCUAAUUACACCAGGAAAGACGGUGUUGAUUGAGCCAACAUCAGGGAACAUGGGGAUAAGCAUGGCGUUCAUGGCGGCAAUGAAGGGGUACAAAAUGAUAUUGACGAUGCCGUCUUACACAAGCUUGGAGAGAAGGGUGACAAUGAGAGCUUUUGGUGCUGAACUGAUUCUGACAGACCCUGAUAAGGGAAUGGGAGGAACUGUCAAAAAGGCUUGUCAGCUUCUGGACUCAACCCCUGAUGGUUUUAUGCUUCAACAGUUUUCUAAUCCUGCUAAUACUCAGGUUCAUUUUGAGACAACGGGUCCUGAAAUAUGGGAGGAUACUCAAGGGAAAGUGGACAUCUUUGUCAUGGGAAUCGGAAGUGGUGGCACCGUGUCUGGUGUUGGACGUUAUCUCAAAUCUCAAAAUCCUAAUGUUAAGAUUUACGGAGUUGAGCCAGCUGAAAGCAACAUACUAAACGGAGGCAAACCAGGUCCUCACCUUAUAACCGGAAAUGGCGUUGGGUUUAAACCGGAUAUUUUAGAUAUGGAUAUAAUGGAAGCCGUUCUUGAGGUUAAAAGUGACGAUGCGGUAAAGAUGGCUAGGCAGUUGGCAUUGAAGGAAGGGCUUAUGGUCGGGAUAUCAUCUGGAGCUAACACGGUUGCUGCUCUUGAACUUGCUAGGCGACCCGAAAACAAGGGCAAGCUCAUUGUGACUGUUCACCCGAGUUUCGGAGAGCGAUACCUGUCAUCUGCCCUGUUCAAAGAGCUGAGAGAAGAAGCUGAGAAGAUGCAACCAGUGCCAGUUGAAUGAUUCUAGCAUUUGCUUCAACUUUUAUUGUUGAAUCUAAGGAUAUUAGUUGUUUUGUAUCAUGUAAAAUUGUAAUAACUGAAAGUAUUCCUUGUUUAGUUGAUUACAUGAUGAGAAAUAAUCAAUGAAGUAAAUUUCAAUCUUGCA